GAAGCGUUCCAGAGGCUGCAACGGGAGGACGGGAGCGGGAGGCUGAUGUGAGGGGGCUGUCUGCCUUCCUCCCUUCUCUCCUCUACAAGAAGAGAGGUCGGAGCGGCCAUUUCCGAGGCGAGCAGCUGAGGGAGCCCCCUCCCCCCCUUGGGGGAAAGAGGGGGGCGAGGUGACUCCCUUCCCAUAGACUGUUCUUCAUUAUAAGCUCUUCAUUCUGGAGCCCAGCCAUGGAUCUUGUGUUCCUGAUUAUCAAUGGUGUGGGGAUGAUUUUGGACCUCCUGGUCAUCCUGCUAGACAUCAACUUCUUCCUUGUUUCCACAUUGGUUUCGAUCCUGCUCUGGCUCAUCGCGUUUGUUUACAACUUGCCCAAUGCCUUGGUGGGCUGUAUGAUCCACUGCUGGAAUGGGAUUGUGUUGUUCUUGCUGUGUGUUGCUGAGGCAUUGUAUUACCUGACUCUGGGCUCUGUACAUGCCAUCUUCAACUUGCUGCGUAGUUUAUGCUCCAGCAUGGAAAGCCUGAAAGUAGUGGGGCACCUGUUUACUCACCUGAUGUUAAGAAGCAAGGAAGUGAUGCACCGAGGUCUCUGGAACCUGGUUGGAUCUGGCCAGUCAUUUCUGAGGCAGGUGUGUGAAGUGUGCACCAUUGCCAUGAGCCUUGUGGCUUACUUUAUCAACAGUAUCAUCAACAUCUGCCUCAUUGGGACCCAGAACCUUUUCUCCCUGGGGCUGAUCCUUUGGGAAACGAUCGUUAGCCCCUUCCUGAGUGUCACAGACAUUUUUGCUGCCUUUCUUGCACGUUUGUCCAGCAGUGCCAUUGCUAUAUCCAUCCUCCUCUGGUCUCCUUGCCAACUGGCUUUUGAACUCCUUGCCUCCAUGAGCAAGCUGUUGAUUAAUGUUUUCUUCCUCAACCUUUAUGGAUUGGUGUUGCUCUCGGGGCUGGUUGCUGCCUGCACCUUAACUCUCAACCCUCAGUUGACAUGGACAUUGGUGGACCAGGUGUCUGGCUAUUUGAAUGCUAUGCCUUCCUACCACCGGCUGCGCAGGGACUUGUACCACCUCUACCAAGUUGUACUGUUAUCAUUGGAGAUGGUCCUGAGCUUGCAAGCUUGGCGCAGGUUGGCAGAUUGGGGUCUCCAGAUGGCUAACUGGAACAGAGGUGGCAGGGGAGCAAACCACCGUGGGGAUCAACGGCAAGAAUGGCAACCAUUCUUGGCCUAUCUUCUAAGGCUACCUCCUCUUGGGGUAGGUCAUCCAAGACGACAAGGGUUAUCUGCAGCCACUCAGCAGGCUGCAGUUCCAGCCCGCCAAGCACAGCAGUUAGCAGCCCGAGGCAGUGGAAACCAGCAUAGAAUAGACAGUGAUCUGGGAUCAGCUGCACAGCGGAGCAUGCUGACUGGGCAGCAGCCCCAGCCUCAAAGCAAAGGUCCAAGCACUUCACAUCCCAAACCUGCAACGAAAGAGCAGCUGAAUGCUCUGGAGGAAGACAGUGACCCGUGGCUUCUUCUGAAAGAGCAAGAAGAACGGAAGAAGUGUGUUAUUUGCCAGGACCAAACAAAGACAGUCUUGCUGCUUCCCUGCCGCCACCUUUGCCUCUGUGAAGAAUGUACUGAAAUCUUGCUGCAGCAGGCCACAUACCAGCGCAAUUGCCCACUCUGCCGUCAGAUGAUCCUGCAGACUCUCAAUGUCUACCUGUAAGCUCCACUGGGGAUAACUUUAUCUACAUUCCACCAGACUUUCCGGGCACAUAGAGUGGUGUCUCUAGCCUUUGCGCUCACGGCUUUCAACACCAGCUGACAGAGAACAGCUCCCUGCUGAUACUUAGUGGCAGCAUUAGCUACUCUUUUUAUUUCCAAAGAACUUUUAUAACCAUUGGAACAUGGAAAAUGUUAUGAAUGUUUUCUCUGUUUCUGUUUCUGUUUGUUUGUUGCUGCUGUCAGGAAGCACAGUAAUCAUUUGAAACCCCACUAUUACGAGGUGUGCUGAAUUUUUUUAGUUGAGCCAUCAAGUUGAAUGUUGAGAAGUGAGGCUUAAAAAAUCCACCAGAGAUCUGACGAGCACAUGUGUAGAUUCACCUGGUAAGGAAUAACCUGUUACAAGGGAGCAGCUGCUGAAAUUCUAGGUAUUAUGGGGUCUCUGUAAGCUAGAGCCUAGAGCAAAGUUUUCGACACUAGACUUGAUUGAUCAACAUGUUUGCAAAAAAAAAAAAAAAUCAGGAUAAUUCUUCCACAGAGGAGGAUGUUCUUUAGCUCACAUUAGCAGAGACGAUGCAUUGCAGUGUCUCCUUUCAAGAAGCGUGGCCAGUGUUUUAGGUCUCAGGACCACUGAACAUCUUCUGGAUGUCUGGUUUUUAAACUGUUCAGGUGAAUAACUUUUUCCUUUCCAGAUUUGUUGUGUCCAUUUGUUUGGAGCUUCAAGAUCCACAAAAAGGCAAACUGGACACCAAAGUGCAACUGUGGAGCGCACACACACACACACACACACACACACAGCUCCCCGAGUCAUGUCAUGGGGACUUAGGUCAGAAUACCGUUGCAUCCACUGGCAUGUAACUUCCACAAAUCACUAUGCAAAACGAUGACAUUCCAGCAUUGUUGCACAACUGAACUAUUUGCUUUUUGUUCUGUUUAUGGUUAAGCUGGGGGGGGGGGUGCUGAUACGACAGUUGUAUUUUGUUUGCUAACAGAUGAAAAUGUCCCUGUUAAAUAGCUCCAGAGACUGAAUUGUUUGGUCUCAGGUGUUUGUGAAGCAAGCCAGCAAAAAAAGCUGAAUUGUGACUUUUUGUCUGGGUUGGAUUUGAGCAGGCUGGUAACCUCAUUAGUAAACACAGGCUCUAGAUCCUAUCGCUUAAGUUCCCAAGGCUAAACUAUGCAUUCUCUCAGAAACAAGUGCAGCUCCUUGCUUAAGGUAAACGGACUGCCCUGGACGAAUGAAAGGACAUAGGCCAGAGUGGUUUGUUGUGCCAGUGUUCAUGGCACCAGAAAAAAACUUUGGGCUUCUUUCUUUCUAGAGCCACCAUCACCCAUUUUUAGAAAUCAGGCAGCCAAUGCUAGUCCAAAAAUUCAGGAGCCCGAUAGGUCACUGCUGUUCACCUGCGCCUCUUGUGUGAGUCAAGAAGGUGAGCCAGAAAGGUGGUAGUUGACCUUGCUGCCAGGAGCCACUGGUUUUCUUAUUGUUUAACUUGGAAAGUGAAAUUUGAGAAAUGCAACAACAUGAUGAGGAAUUUUGUUUCUGUUUGGUUACUAAAUGAUUGAUGAAAGUUCAUAUUGUAAAUUGAGUUCCUCCUUUGGCUGGAGAGAUUUGUGCAGCCUGGUUUGUUUGGCAGGGUUUUUUUCUGUGAUGUAUCAUGAGUUGCUAAAUUUCAGCAUCUUUCAAGCUUUUAAUAGCAUGAGCACAUGGAUGGCACACCAGGCUUCAACGGGCUUGCUUGGAAACAGGCCCUGUUGGUUUAACUUUUGAGUAAGCAAACUGAAGGUCAGGCUUUCUCCCUCUGUGCAAGUAACAUGCAGAAGCAGUUGGAAGGUCGGGCCACCUCUGCCAUGUGACACGCUUGGGUGAUGCAUGUGGAAGCUCUUCAUGUUGCUUCAUGUGUAACUUUCAUGCAAAAAUGCUUCAGGUGCUAAACUUUGUUUUGCAGAGCAAGAGCAAAAGAGAAAUCUUGAAGUAGGUUUCCAGGUUUCUUGAAAACAAGAGCUCCUAUGUUAGCGCAGCACAUUCCCUGAGAGGUCUGUUGCUAAGACUUUUAAAAGCAAGGUUUUAAGGGCUAUCAUUUGUGCCAGUUGAAAGUGGGGAAGAAAUGGCUCCAUGUUGGGGACGGUCACAUUUAAAAUCCAUUAACAAAAGAAGCUGUUGGAAAAAGUAAUAAAUCAAGUUUUACCCAUGUUUGUAUCCAUGUUGCAGAAGGCUAGGAGACUCCCUGGGCCUUUUCAAGGUCUCUUGGCCAGUCCUGCAAGACCUAAUACGUAUAAAAUUUUAAAUAGUUUUUUUAAAAAUCCAGGGUACUGUUCUUUUGACACAUUCCAAAUGUUCCUCUCUUUUUUUACUGAAUCAGAGCAGCCAGCUUAAUUUCUCAUUUACAUUUUAAAUCCAGGGAAUAUUUAAACCCCCACUAAAAUCUUGUGUUUUUUAAAAAAACGUAGUGAGUCUUCUGCAAUUUGGUCUUUGCUUUCUAUUCAGUUUCAAAACAAAGGAUCAGCUCAUCACAGUAGUGCUGAAUUGUGAGUGUUUGCUGAACUUUUUGAAGUAAGGGCAAGCUGAAAUGCCUUGGCCAUGUGUGGGACUGCAUGCUGCCAAAGACUUGAUAGCUGGAAGAACUGAUUUGAGCAAAUAACUGAGUGCCUUAUUUGUGAAAGAGUGCAAAAGGUGGCUUAACUACAAAACUAGCCAAUUUGAGCGUGCAUGGGGUGGGGGGUGGGUGUAUUUACCAAGGUGUGCCAGAUCAAGAAAUUGCUAAAGGGCAGGUCUGAUCUUCACAUGUGAUGGAAUGAGAUAAAUCUGAAUUGACUGAGUGAACUGAACAGGAAAAGGGAGGGGAAGCAUUUUGAAAUGUUCUCUCACGUAAAAUGCGCCUUCCAAGUUUAAAAGACUAGCACCCUAAGGAGAGAACUUCUAGCCUCCUCCUUUCUGUGCUAGUUUGUAACUUGCCAAGAGGUUUAGUUUUUGCUUUUAACAUGAGAGAGUAUUCAGUAAUAUGUUGUUAUCCCCCCUAACCCAACACACAGUGCAUUCUGAAGUGGUACAUUCCUUUUUCACUCAUCAGGACUACCACCAAGUUCUCUCAGUUGCAUGCAUAGACCUGGCCUUGAUAUUCUCCUGUAACUUCUAUGCUGAUCUACGGCAAGGAUCAAGGAAAACUGGGGAAGAGAGCAACUGAGUACAAAACACUAUGCAAUUCUCCCUCCCAUCUGCCUCAGAGAAAUGUUAUUUCAGCUCUUCAAAUCAGUUUUUUAGACCUCCGGAUAAUUGCCAGCCACUGGGAGUGGAGAAAGAAGAGAGAGAGAUGGUUGGAAGGCAGCGGUUGGGCCUGGUCUUUGAACAGUUAGCUGCUCCUUUCUGGUUUGUGCCUUGUUAAGCUGUUAGACAUUCUGGUCCUCUUUCUGGGUUUUAUUUUUACAAAAAUACAAGAUUUGCUUUAGAGAAUACAUUUUCUUAUCUUGCUCCUGCUGUGCCCUCUCCUCACAAUUCUUGAUUGAAAUUGCCCACCGCCAGCCUCUGGAGGGGUUGUGUCUUCGCUUGUGUGAGAAUGGCAUAGUCUGUUCUUUGCUCUCUGUAAAUGAUUAUUUGGAAA